UCUAAUUGAUAAUUCGUAAGGGAUUUAAUAGAUAAGUUAAAAGUUUAGGAAGAGAAGAGAAAGGUUAAAGUUUUUUUAUCUUCAUCCGGGGCGGAUAACGUUGGUGAUAACGAGUUGGAACGGGGCGUAAAAUGGCGGUCGGGAUGAAGUUGGUCGGUACAAUUUCAUUAUUUUUCCAAAUAAACUUUAUUCUCAACGUCGUCCCGUCAGAGACAGAGAGUCUGACACAAUACAAACCGAACACGGUUUUAAUCGAGAUACUCGUCAGGAACAAGGCGCACACUUUGCCAUAUUUCCUCACGUAUCUGGAAAGGCUGGAGUACCCGAAGGACCGGAUUAGCCUCUGGAUACGCAGUGACCACAAUCAGGACAAUAGUCUUGAGAUUUUAAAUAAAUGGCUAGAUGCCAACAGAGAUUAUUAUCACUCUGUUGACUUUGAGUUUGAUAGUAAAAAUGAAAGGAUAGAGGGAGAAAUAGGGCCGUCACACUGGCCCAAAAGUCGUUAUACACAUAUCAUCUCGCUUAGAGAAACUGCUUUAAAAAGAGCCAGGCAUAAAUGGGCUGAUUAUUUAAUGGUUUUGGAUUGUGAUGUAUUUAUAACGAAUCCAAAAACACUGAGAAAGUUAAUUGACACAGGGCAUACGGUUAUCUCACCCAUGUUACGCUCUGAUGGCCUAUACUCAAACUUCUGGUGUGGAAUGACUGAAGAUUUUUACUAUCAAAGGACUGAUGAUUAUACGAAUAUUUUAAACAUGCAUAAUAAAGGCUGUCACAAAGUGCCAAUGGUUCAUUCAUUUGUACUUAUAGACCUCAGAGUUUUAAGUACUGAUUGGCUCACAUAUGUACCUGGUAAUUUAGAAAGCAUCAAUGUACCUCACGAUGAUAUAAUUACAUUUGCCCUUUCUGCUAACCUGUCAGGGAUAGCCAUGCACGUCUGCAAUGAUGAGUUUUACGGAUAUGUCAUGGUACCAUUGGAAGUUGACGAUGGAAUCAGUUACGAUUUACUUCAGCUCAAGAAUUUAAAGUUGGAAGUUUUGGUUGACAAUCCACCUAUGGAGACUAGUCACCUUCUUUCACCCUAUGUUCAACAACCAAAUGAGGCUCAACUGGAUAUAGAAAAAGUGUUCAUGAUUAAUCUCAAAAGGAGACCAGAUCGAAGAGAGAGAAUGUUAAAUUCUCUUAAGGAACUUAACAUCGAGGCUGAAAUUAUUGAAGCAGUUGAUGGGCAAACGUUAACAGACGAGGAACUCGUAAGGCUUGGAGUCAAAUUGAUGCCGGGAUACUACGAUCCAUUUCACAUGAGACCAAUGAAGAGGGGUGAAAUCGGCUGUUUUUUGAGUCACUACAAAAUCUGGGAACAAGCUGUUCGUAAUAACUAUAAUAUGGUAAUGGUCCUAGAAGACGAUGUACGAUUUGAGCCAUUUUUCAAUCAAAAGAUGCACAGUUUACUCGAAGAAAUAAGAAAUCUUCCUAUUGAAUGGGAUUUGAUAUACCUCGGACGGAAAAGGUUGGAUGAAAGUAGUGAAGAACCUGUCGAAGGAUCUCAGCUUCUAGUCUAUGCCUCCUACUCCUACUGGACCAUUGGCUAUUUGCUUUCGGCUUCUGGAGCAGCUAAGUUGAUCAGGCAGGAUCCGUUGAGCAAUAUACUACCUGUUGAUGAAUACCUGCCUAUUCUUUACGACAAACAUCCUGAGGAACAAUGGAAGGCAUUUUACCCCAUAAGAGACUUGGUGGCCCUUUCCUCACAGCCGUUGGUUAUCUAUCCAACAAGAUACCUACACGAAGAGGGAUAUAUAAGCGACACAGAAGAUUCGCCGACUGUAACUACCACACCAAAUCCUGAACUUUAAAUGAUCUUUUAUUGCCAAAUUACAAUGUUUCCUAUCGAUAUAUAUUGCCAUAUGAAUAGGUUCAAUAGGAUAAUAAUUAGCAUUUAAAAAUAUGGUGAAACAAAACAAAGUAAUGUAUAUUUUACUACGAUACCAUGUAAACCUUAACAGAAUUGGUUUAAAAAAAAAUCUAAUUCAUCCUGAGUUUACUCGAUUAUUAUUGUAAUUUAAAUUAAGCACACCCAAUACUGAAAGUACAAUUAAAAUAAAAAAAAUGCCAAUACUAGAAUUUAUUCUGUGCCAUAAAAUAGCCAUAUCGAAUUAAGUGGCCUCUAGUUAAAGCACUGUGAUUUAAUUGAUUCAUUUGUCCAUUGAUAAAUUGUUUAUUAAUACUUUUCACAUUCAAAGUACAUAAAGUAAAUCUUGUAUGUUUUUUAAUUUUAUGACAAUGAUGCCAUCUUCCUAAAGUCUUCAGUGACAAAAUUUUAUUUUGAGCUUUUAAAUCGCCUUUUGUUAAAUGUAGGAUCAGUAGAGAAAAUUAAAGAUUUUUGGCACACAAAAUGAAAUAUUUUAUACAUAAACUACAAUUAAUAUAUAAUAAAAGAAUG